AUGCGUCAUAUCGCACCUUUCGCGCUCAUUUCGGUGGCCAUGGCCAGUCGUUCCGUCGUUCUUGAGGCUCCAGAUGACGCUUGCGGAUACCUCAAUGGCGUUCAAAAAGCCCCUUUCGGAUGUUUUGACACUUCAGAAAAGUGCGCCAUUUACUAUCCGACUUCAUCGACGGCUGCUAGAGCCGCUGUGGAUGCCACUGUGGUGUCGAUGAUUACUCCGGCUCCACAGCCCUCCAUCGUCUGCUGCGAACCAUCCAGAGGGGACUGCACCAUCCAGCCCACCGCCUGCGUUGAUGCCUUGGAGCACUGCACAGGCAGUUGUUCCAAUGACCCCAUGACGCUCAAGUGCACAACCGAGGCUCAAAGUUACUGCAAUCGGGCACAUUUCGAAUCGCCACUGUCCUUUCGCUACACUGAGGCCCUGGAUGCUGGGCUGAGGCCCACGGACGCACCUGUUGACGGCUGGUUUUGUGGCCCGUCAGCCUUCCCCAUCCAGCAUGCAAAUGCAUCGCACAGCAAGACCACGUCAAUGGCCCAAAUGAGCCAUUCUCCAGUCAGUCCUACCACCACCCUCAGCGUCACGAUAACCUUGUCGAAACCUGGAGUGGGACCUGGCCCUGCAGUCACCCCGUCCACCACCCUCAGCGUCACGGUAACCUUGUCCAAACCUGGACUGGAGCCUGGACCUUCGCAUAUGUCGUCUCCACCUGCAGCUGCCGAUUAUGAGGACACCGACCACAAAGAAUUUGCUCCCGGCAGCGAUGACUGUUGUUUAGACGAGCCCGGUACUUCUGAGCCUUGCGGUUACGACACCCUGCGAGCACGGCUACAACGAAGACAGGCCAUGAGUGGCUCAGCCACCGCAGUCUUGUCAGCCGCAGCACCAGGGUACGAAAUCAGCAGAGGAUCCGCCAUCGCCUCUACUGCGUACAUAGGCCAGACCGAUCGCGCUCCAUUCGUCGAGGCGACCCGUAUAUGGAAUGUUGUAACACCCGCGGCGGCUGCGACCUCCACGACAACAACUACCGAUCCACGGAUGCGGCCUCCGACUCGAAAGGGGAAGAAGAACCGACUCAGCUCACCAGGCAGGAUUGCCAUCGGUGUCAUCGUAGGAUUGAUAGGCCUAUUUGCAAUUUGCUAUGUCCUCGGGAAGAAGUACUGGCACCGGUCCGUUUCAAGGCAACAGCAUUCGGAACAGCAUCAGAAUGAACAUGAACUGGCCGAAUCUCCAGUGCAUGCCGCAGAGAGGCAGAAAAGAUAUGCCCAGUACAGGAAUAAUCUCGCAUCGAUGGCAGACCACGUCGCAGAUUACGUUGCGGAUCAGAGCCCGCAGCAACAUCCCACAGACCAUGGGGAUAUGCCGGAGCAGCGAGGCCCGGCCUUCGAAAGGCAGUCACAUUCAGCUACUGUAGUGCGGCCAGGUCCGGCUUUUGAAAGGUGCCAGCAUGUCUCUCCUGAAUCUGGCGAGACCACUGAUGUCGAGGAGGAUGUUGAGCCCCGGUCUGAAGAUUCACUGGAACGAGAAGCUUAUGAAAACGCCAUCGGCGUCGCGGUUUCGGAAGGGAGGAAUCAGGCACACAAUAUUUUCUAA